UUGAAAAAAAACGACAAUAUACACACAUAUGCACCUUCUCAAGAUUUGUUAAAUCGUGUAUUCCAGAUAAGAACAAAUUAGAAAAUUUUAAUGAGUACCUCUUCGUUUUAUACCUCUGCAGAGGAAGCAAUAGAGCGACAAGCUGACAUUGAACAGGAUGAAGUCACACCACCGCUCGAGCAGGUUUGGAAUGGAACGCUAUUAAAGAUUUGUUGGGGAUGGAUAAGACAAAAUGGUUAUAAAAGGGUUUGUCUCCAAUUUCCUGAUCAUUAUUUGCCACAUAGCAAUGAGAUCAGUGAUAGUCUCAAAGCUUUGUUCAAACCGGAGGGAGGUGCCACAGACAUAAAAUUCUUUGUUCUAGCCGACACAUCCUAUGGCAGUUGUUGUGUAGAUGAGAUCGCCGCCGGACAUGUCGAGGCAGACAGCCUAAUACAUUUCGGAAACGCCUGUCGCAGCAGGGUUUCCCGCCUGCCUGUGCUGUACAUGUAUCCACAGUAUCCCUUUGACAUGAAGAAUUUUAUGGAUAAUUUGUCUGUUAUAACUGAUAGUGUCAAGGGUAAAGUUGUAUUCAUUUACCUAGAUAUAGGCUAUCAUCAUUUGUUGGACAAACGCGUCGACGAGGCUGAGGAGGAUUCUCUUUGUUAUAAAUUGAAGGAAGUACUACCCUGUAAGGAUUUGUUUAUUGAAGCCUAUCCACCAGCAGAGGAUGCGGCGGUAGAGCAAAAACAGCCAAGUGAGCCAUUCUGCCUUUUUAUAGGUGCAGAAAAUGCACGAUUUUCCAACCUAUCAAUCACCACACAUGCUUCCCAAUGGUUUAUUUAUAAACCCGCAAGCAACACUAUAUUAGAGAAGAACCCUCUAACUGCCCAAUACAUCCGUCGACGUUAUUAUUACAUUGAAAAAUGUAAAGAUGCUCAAACAUUAGGAUUAAUCGUAGCCACUCUUACUGCCGAGGGUUACCUAAAAAUUGUUUCACGUUUGCAAGAAAUGGCGAAAGCUCGUGGUAUAAAGACGCAAAUUAUUUCCGUGGGUCGUAUAAACCCCGCUAAACUGGCCAACUUUUUGGAAAUUGACUGUUUUGUAUUGAUAGGAUGUCCAUUCAAUAACAUAUAUAACUCCAAAGAAUAUUAUAAACCCAUUGUCUCGGUCUUCGAGGCCGAAAUGGCACUUAACCCUGCUUGGUAUAUGAAAUAUCCCGAGGCAUAUGUAACCGAUUUUAAGAAAUUACUCCCGGAAGGAGAGAAAUUUUUGGCAUUUAACUCUGCGGAUUUGCAGGAGCAGGAUGUAAGCUUGGUGAGUGGCCGUGUUCGUGCAAAUAAUGCGGAGAGUGUGGAAGAUGAGGGUGCUGGCGCUUUGAGUGAACAGUAUCAAACUGUUACUGGGACAGAAAAAAUGGGAUUGAUGAUCAAUAACACUGGCUUGACAUUUGAGGAUCGAACUUGGAAGGGACUGGAUCCAGCAUUGGGUUGUACGGAACCGGCCAAGCUGGAAAAAGGUCUCAGUGGUAUACCAACUAAUUAUACACACGACUAAUUGCAUUAUACAAUCUUUACAUUUACGAGAAUGUUUAGUGUUCUAUAUAAGUAUUCGUUUUAUGGGUCUUUAUAUUAGAAUAACGUGUCUCAAUAAAUUAUAUUAUUAAAUUAAA